AAAUUGAACGCUGAUUUCGAUUAAAGUAUUCUUUAGAUCUUUACGGGUUUUCUUAGACUGGAUCUACAAAAAUGCCACAACCAUUAAAAUUAGCUGUUAUUUGUUCAAGCAACAUGAAUCGUAGUAUGGAAGCACAUAAUUUCUUAAGCAAAAAAGGAUAUAGAGUCCAAUCAUUUGGAACAGGAGAUAAGGUCAAGUUACCAGGAGCAGCUCCGGACAGACCUAAUGUGUAUGAAUUCGGGACACCUUAUGAUGACAUCUAUCAGGAUCUCUUGCAGAAAGAUAGAGAGCUGUAUACCCGAAAUGGACUUCUUCAUAUGUUGGACCGGAAUAGGAGAAUUAAACCUCAUCCCGAAAGAUUUCAGUCAACAUCAGAACAGUUCAAUCUGAUCCUUACUUGUGAAGAACGAGUCUAUGAUCAAGUGAUCGAAAGCUUGGAGGGCAGAGAUAGUCAAACAACUCCUGUUCACAUAGUUAAUAUUGAAAUUCAGGAUAACCAUGAAGAAGCAACAAUAGGUGCAUUUCUGAUGUGUGAUCUGGUAGCUAUGUUCUUUAUAUUUAGAUGGCCAAUAGUGAUGACCUUGAUAAUGACAUCGAUGAAAUGUUGCAAGAUUUUGAAGCAAAAUGCCAACGCCCAAUAUUACAUUGUCUGCUUUUCUACUAGUUCGCAUUUUCAAUAUUAUAUACAGAAACCACAUGACCGUCAAAUUGUAUUUCCAGUAUUUGAUACACAAGCUCACUGAUCUAAAUGAGCAUAUACUCUUCGAA